ACACACAACGCCACACUACACACCACCAUCUCUCUCUCUCUCUCUCGUAUCUCAUUCUCUCUAUCUUUCUGUAAUCUCUCGAAAGGAACAAUUUCCUUUCUUUCCAUUUCCUUUUCCCUAUCUCCUUUUCCUUCCUCUCAUUAAUCACUCGUCAUUUCUCUCUCUCUCUCUCGUCCUUUUAUAACCCCAAAAGCACUAACAAACAACAGAAACAGAAACGCCACUCUCUCUCACUAUUUUCUCUCUUCAUCGGUCUCUAGACUCUUUACGUUCACUCUGUUGUUUUUCUCUUGCGUUUUUUAUUUGUUAUUUUGGAAUUUCGGUAACUGCAUUUUGUUGAACCGGAAACUGUACUAAUGGCGGUUCCUUCGACGGUCUCGGCGGCCGGUACGGCGUCGCUGUACGUUGGGGACCUGCACCCUGAGGUCACUGAUGGCGUGCUUUUUGAUGCAUUCUCUGAGUUCAAGAGCCUUAUUUCCGUUCGCAUAUGUAGAGACUUGUCUACUGGCAGGUCUCUCUGUUAUGGUUACAUCAACUUUAUCUCUCCACAAGAGGCUAUCUGGGCUAUUGAGACAAAGAAUCACACUCCCUUGCUUGGAAAGUUGAUGAGAGUCAUGUGGUCACACCGUGAUCCUGAUGCAAGAAAAAGUGGAAUAGGAAAUGUGUUUGUUAAGAAUUUGAGCGAGACAAUUGAUAAUGUGGGGCUUCAGGAUUUAUUUCGUAAAUUUGGGACUAUAUUAUCUUGCAAAGUUGCCACGUUUGAGGAUGGAAAGAGUAAAGGCCAUGGCUUUGUUCAGUUUGAUUCAGAGGAUUCCGCAAAUUCUGCUAUUGAGGAGCUAAAUGGUUCCAUUGUUGGUGAUAAGCAGAUAUAUGUUGGAAAGUUUGUUAAGAAGAGUGAUAGAGUUUUGCCUAGCCCUGAUGCUAAAUAUACAAAUUUAUAUGUGAAAAACUUGGAUACUGAAAUAACGGAAGAGGUUCUGCUGGAGAAGUUCUCGGAAUUUGGGCAAAUAGUUAGCCUGGUGAUUGUAAAGGAUGAAACUGGAGGCUCAAGAGGUUUUGGCUUUGUCAAUUUUGAUAACCCAGAUGAUGCCAAACACGCUAUGGAAAAAAUGAAUGGAACAGAACUAGGUUCAAAGAUUCUUUUUGUAGGAAGAGCACAAAAGAAAGCAGAGCGUGAACAAAUUUUGCGGCGCCAGUUUGAGGAAAAGCGCAACGAGCAGAUCUUGAAAUACAAGGGCUCAAAUGUAUAUGUGAAAAACAUUGAUGAUGAUGUUGCUGAUGAAGAGCUGAGACAACACUUCAGUCAAUGUGGCACAAUUACAUCUGCAAAGCUUAUGAGAGACGAUAAAGGGAGAAGCAGGGGGUUUGGAUUUGUAUGCUUCUCCAGCCCUGAGGAGGCCAAUAAAGCUGUGAACACUUUGCACGGACACUUGUUUCACCGGAAGCCAUUAUAUGUGGCUAUUGCUCAAAGGAAGGAAGACAGACUAGCACAAUUGCAGCUGCAGUAUGCUCAUCGGAUGGCUGGAUUAGCUGGACCCUCCAGUUCUGUUAUUCCUGGUGGAUAUCCUCCCCUGUACUACGCAGCUCCUUCUGGUGUUGUUCCACAAGUACCUCAAAGGCCUGGGUUGAUGUACCAGCCUUUAAGCAUGAGGCCAGGAUGGAGUGCUAAUGGCUUUGUACCUCCAACCAGACCGACCUUUCAACCAUCACAACUUUCAGUUACGUCUAAUACUCAAAGACAACACAAGCAGAGCAGAGGGAGGAUGAAUGGACAUGUUUUUCCACAGGGUGGUAAUCACUCUAUCCCAUAUAUUCAACAGCCUGGGCAACCACUAACUUCAUCAAAAGAUUCAACCAAUCAGCGUACUGGGCAGGCUAAGUAUGUACCAAAUGGCCGAACACGGGAGGUGGGAAAAGGAUCUGGAGUCUCUUCUACUGUUCUCAAUUCUCUUGGUCCUGUAUCUGAAGGAUCAGAGAUGCUGAGUAGCAUGCUUGCUGCUGCAUCACCUGAAGAGCAAAAACAGAUUCUAGGGGAGCGGCUUUACCCACUUGUCCAAAAGCACAAGCCUGAUCUUGUUGCAAAGAUUACUGGAAUGCUUCUGGAGAUGGACAACUCAGAAUUACUUCUAUUGUUGGAGUCCCCGGAGUCUCUAGCUGCCAAGGUGGAGGAAGCUGUGCAAGUGCUCAAGAUCUCAAAGACAAAAGUAUCUGGUCAAAACACCCUUCAUCCGACGACUUACCUCUCUGCUGAGGUUGCAGUCAAUUGAAUAACGGCAGUUAAAAAUCUAGAGGUUAUGGUGCAGCUUGGCUCCUCCAGAGCAAAAUUUUUGAUGCUAGACAUUAGUGAAUCUUCUUCUCUUUUUCUGGAGUUAAAUAGUACAUUUAAAAUUUACAGUUCAGGAUUUUAUCAGUUUCAUGAAAUAUUAUGUUUUGGUCCUUGUAGAGGUCUACCGGUAAGAGAGGUCCGAAAACUCUCUUAUUGUGGUAGUAACAUUAGUAGCAGAAGCAAGAAACAAGGUUUUUUUGAAGCCAAUUGCUCUUGCAGUUGAAUUUAUUAUUUUAUUAUUUUAUUAUUUGCUUUUCUUGACUGGA